UUGAGAGGAUCGUCAUGGUGCAAGCUUUUCAGCACACCACAAGAAUGUUAGAAGUGACAUUUUAAAGAAGAUUAAUACCUGUUGAGUGGCUCGAGAGCACAAAAACAAAAGCUUUCAAACAAUAGUGAGAAGGAAAAGAAUUGGACCCACACACGGGAGACUUGUGAGGGAUGAGAACUAAGCCGAAUGCAUGACCUGGAAGUUAAAAUUGACACUGCUGGAGCUUUGCAUAUCUCAGAAACCCUUCACAGAGUCCAGAGACCAUGAAGCUUACUGGGGCUAUCCUUAAACUGGAGUGCACUCAUGGCAGCACAGAGACUAAACUGUUAAACAACAUGAUGCUGGUUCCUCUACGAGCAAAUAAAACAGGUUCACUAGGGUCAGCAUCCUCCUCAUCUCUGUCAGGGACUGAUGGCGCGAAGACUCAAUGCUCCAUAUGUGCAGACAGGGCCACAGGUAAACAUUAUGGUGCACCCAGUUGCGAUGGCUGCAAGGGCUUCUUCAGGAGGAGCAUUCGCAACAACCACACUUACAGCUGUAGGUUCGACAGGCAAUGCAUUGUGGACAAAGACAAAAGGAACCAAUGCCGCUACUGCAGGCUACGAAAGUGUUUCAAGGCCGGAAUGAGAAAGGAAGCUGUUCAGAAUGAGAGAGACUGCAUCAACAGUCAGAGAGCCAAGGAGCAGACAGUGGGCACUUUGUCCAUCAGUGUGCUGCUGCAGGCAGAGACCACUGUUCAGCAGUUCCCAGCACUUCUCUCUCCUAGGAGCCAUGACAUCACCACCAAGAAGACAGCAGGCGUGGGAGAGGUGUUCGAGUCCAUGAAGCAGCAACUCCUCCUGCUGGUGGAAUGGGCUAAACACAUCCCAGAGUUUUGUAGCCUUCCAAUAGAUGACAGGGUAACCCUUCUACGAACCCACUCUGCAGAACAUCUUAUCUUAGGGGCAGCAAGACGCUCACUGCCUUAUAAUAAUGUCAUUCUUCUAGGUAAUGACUUUGUGAUCCCACUGAGAGGUGCAGAAGUAGAGAUAUCCAGAGUGGCAUUCAGAAUUCAAGAGGAGCUGGUCAAACCUCUCAGAGAGCUGGUCAUCACAGACAAAGAGUUUGCUUGCCUCCGGACGAUUGUCUUCUUUGCCCCAGACUGUUCGGGACUGAAGAGUCCUCAGGUGGUUCGACAUCUCCGUUUCCAGGCCCAUCUUCUCUUAGAAGAAGCAACAUGUGAGCAGCGGGGAAGGUUUGGGGAACUCCUGCUGAUCCUGCCUCCCCUGCAGAGUGUGGCCUGGCAGAUGGUUGAAACUCUUCACUUAGCACAGCUGCUUGGCGAGGCCAAAAUGGACAGCCUGCUGCAGGAAAUGUUGCUAGGGGAGGGAACCGAAACGGGACAAGGAGUCUGUACAGGAAACGACCCUACUCAAGACCAGCAGAAUGACCUGAAUGCUUCACCUGCAACCUUCCCAUCUGUGAUCUGUCAGGCUUCAAUGACUCCUACAAGUGGCUUCCUUGCUGCCCACACAGACUGGCACUGAGGUGUACAGACAUGGAAAAUCUGCCAGUGUGCCCACAACAUACCGAAGGCACCUGUCCACACCAAGAAACCCCUUGAAAAACAACCUAACCGAGGAAAAUGGGCAAUGUUACAAGUUCGAACCAGCAAACAUCCUAAUACUCACACUCAGCUAUAUACAUACAUAAGCUACAUACAUGCAAUUAUGAAUCACUACUGAGAAAAUAAUGUUAUUGUUAUCUGAGAAACUACAAAAAUAAAAAGUUUAUAUUUUAUACAGGAACUCGUGAAAAAUUGGAAUAAUGACAUUCAACACUUUGCUAAAGAAAGCUAAGGCACACACUACAGUAAGUAUGGUUAACUAAUUGCUAACAAAUGAUAGAAUAAUACGUAGACAGCUGAAAUGCAAAAUCCAUCAUCUGUCAGCAGAGGGCACAAAAAGCCAGUGCUUGAACAUAUUAGCUGGAGCUGUGGGGCUAUUGUUUUAUCCCAAAUCAAAGCCUUGACUAAUGGUGUCAACAAUUUGCUGCGGAAGUAAUUAAAGGAGUGAAAUCCCCACUGUCAAAUCACUGCAAGGAGAGCAAAAGUAACAGAAUAUUGCCUAAAGGAAAAUAAGAAUAUUUUAAAUAAAAACGGUUAACACCAUCAACCAGAUACCUGUUGUACCUGUUCCCGAAAGAAUUCACUUAGAUGAGCAGUGAAGGUUGUUAUUAGAAAGGUUUGAUGUGAUGAGUGAUGAGGGCUCAACAGCACUGUCACAAAAUUAUGGUCUGCAACCCGUUUCUUCUUUCUUGCUACCCUUAUUGUUUUGAUAUCUCUAUCCCCUCAAAGAAAUCCAUCCUUUCCUCUACCAUGGAGGCAUGAACAGCAAUACUCACAGCAGUAUGUAUAAUCUAAACACAGUAUUGACUGUUAGUUCCUUUGUCCUGAAUAUCUACCAUAUGUGCUUUCCUAAAAACUAAAUACUUAGAUGUUUUCUUUUAAGACAACAUCAGGUCUGUGACAUAUUAGCCUAUUCUUAACUAGUGGAAGAAUCAUCAGUUUUGGAAGAAGUAUAUAAAACAAUAUGUAACUUUAAUGUGGUUUGGUGUAAUUCGAGACAAAGAAUUGCUUCUUCAGCAAAGACUCUGGAAAUUUUCUGGAAGUUUCUAUUUCCUUUACAGCAAAUGCAGAACAGUGUUUGGCACAGAAAGUAUGCCCCGACCACAUGUUCGACGCAGAAGAAAAAGAACAAAUACACCGAGAGAACUGUAAAUUUACGAUUCGAAGAAAAAAAAGACCUUUUUCUAACUUAAAUAAAUACAUUUUCCUGCCUAUUUAUUUUAAUGGUAGAGCACAGAAAAUUAAAGGAAAGUUAAAGAAAGGGGGUUUUUUUGUGCCAAAAUCACGUUCUGUCUAAAGAAAGACCUUUUUUUGAUGAAACAUAGCUGAAUCAAUAGAUUGUGCGGUUGACUCUUUCUCUACUGCCCUGAAAAAACAACGAACAACUUUCAACUUUCCUCAAACUUUUCCUGAAGUUUAAAAAAGAAUAAUAGCAAACAACAUGUAGUGAUUACAAAAUCUGAAGUUUCAAAUCUAUCUGUGUUGACCUACAUUCACCAGUCAGCACGUGUGGGAGAAUUGAGAAACAGUUUUAUCAUGUAAGGGAGGAUAUUUGGAAACAAAAAGACGAGUGGAAAAAUCUCCAAAUGGGCAUUUCUUCUGAAAAACUUUCUGUGCAACAACACAACUCUUAAGUCAGACUCAGGUACUUUUAAUGAUAUAUGGUGCCAGCAGGACUGCUUCGCUGAAUAUAGUCUAAAUAAACUUGAGUUUCCCAAAUAGACUCUGUCACGGUGUUCAUCUUUGAAGGGUUCAGGUUAGGGACUGUAAUUACGCAAUCAUAUCUAUUUGAACUGACAAAUAAUUAGAACUGGAUUGUUCACUUUUCACAUACUCGCCCAGCACUGACUCUCACAGCCAAUCAAACAGUUAAUUAGGCUUUUAAAAGGGAACACAAGAUAGCUGCCAAAUUGGGGUCCUUGUCAUACUCGGGUUUCAUUGUCACUGUAAAAAGGUAAGCAAUGACACUGCUGUGAUGUCUUUUUACUUCCCAAGGGCCUGCUGUGAGGCAGUCUAUUGAUCUGACAAGCUCAGCAGAGAGCGAAGUGAUGCUGAAGUGUUAAAAGCUGAAUACUUGCUCUCAGUUGUCAGUGUCAUCCCGUACAUUCACAGUGGAGGGAGUCCACAGGCAGGUUUUUUUGUCUCUGCUAAAUGUUCUUUUAAAAACAAUAUUUAACCUCUUUAGUUUCUACAUCAAAGAUCAGCUGUCUGCUUUUCAUGUAGGAGAGUCACAAAUUUGCUGGAGCUUCUUGGAUUUCUGCUGUACAAAUAUUGUCCUGUGUUGAAUCGCCCUCUUAAAGGGAAUGAAGGGCUUAAUUAUGACACAGUAAUAUUUGGUUGUGCCAGGAAAUCAGAAAAAAGAAGGGAAACGAUAAUAUCAUCAAACCAAGACAUGUUAAAAAUCAUACCUUCAGCCAUCCAAGUUCUAAAAAAUUUUAUUGAAACCACACGAAUUUCCAAACUUUGAUGACCUAAACCAUUUGGAACAAAAGAACAGUAUACAGAGUUAAGUAAGUUAAAGUAAGUUAAACUCAGAUUUGUGAAAAAAAAUAAAAGAAAGACUGAGAAACUCUUGUGGUAAACCCCAUAGUUUAAAGACAAACACAUGAUUACAGAUUGUUAAUAUUUUUAAAAGUUUCAAACUCCACAGAUUGAUGCUACAUCUCCACCUCAUGGUUGACAUCCUUUGAGAAUAACAGUACUACAGUAGCAUUGAUUUUCUGGAGGAACUCUGCAUAAUGACCAAGUGGUGGAGUUUGUGCAAAAGAAGAAACCAUUAAAAUUUGCAGUGGAUACUAUGCAUCUUUUUAAAAAUUAAAAAUAAAAAACAUUUGAAAAUAGGGCAUUUAUUUUAUUGGAAGAUGUACUCAUUUCUAUCUUACUGGAGUUAUAUUUUGCUCAGUCAAUGACAUCAACAACCCAUGUAAAAAAAAAAAAAAAAAGCUGCAAAUGAAAAGCUUUGUUUCAUCCAUUGUAGUAAAGUUGCACAAUGUUGGUCUACAUAACAGUUUUGGGUGAUAUAGCUAAGAGACCAAGAACACAUAAAAGAAACAAAACACAAAUAGUGGAUCAGCCACUAUAUUACUUAAAACACUAAGUACAUACUUGUCAAUUGUACAUACAUACUUGUACAUACUUGUCAAUUGCAGGUAGCAACACUUACUUUUUUGAUAAAGCUUAUACUUAAGACUAGAUCUGUUGACCCUGAACAAACCCAUAGUACUGCUGCACUAGGCUCUAGCUGCUGCAGGAUUUCAUGUAAUAUACUGUGAUGCACUGCGCACUUCUUCUCCACUCACCUCCUUUCACUCCCUACAUGUUUAUAUAGCUCUGCAGAAUGUUGACUGUCUCCCUGCGCUUUUUCUUUCCUCGUGUCUUUCUUCUUUACUCUUUUCCCCUCACCCCUCAGCUGGUCAUGGCAGAUGGUUGCCUUGCCCUGAUCCAGGUCCUACUGGAGUGUUUCCUUCUGUUAAAAGGGAGUUUUUCCUUCCCACUGUAGUAAAGUGCUUGCUCAUAGAGGAUAAUUUAAUUGUUGGGAUUUUCUCCCAAACACUGUAAAGUACAUCCAUUACGCUAAGGUGACUGUUGAUUUGAUCUGUUGACCAGUGAGUUUCAGACCUGCUGCUGCUGCUCAUACCCUGAAGAUCACUUGUGUCAUUUUCCAUCUUACUAACUUCAAGCAACUAAAAAAAAUCACCUUAACUUAAAUAAAGCCUACACUAUCGUUGCCUUACAUUUCUAUUUCUGUCUUGUACUGAAGUGUGCAUUUGCCACUAUUUCUAGACAUUUGCCAUUAUUAUGUUACCAUUAUGGAUAACAGAUAGUCUUCUUUGCUACAAAUAUUAUUGCUUUUGCGUUACAGGUGGCAGAACUUCUACAUAUACAUCCAAAAAUAAACACUUCUGUUUCCCAUUAA